CUCCACCUAACAGCCACUAAAAAAGUCAUCUUGAUGACUAACGAAAAUACAUUGAACUUGCCUUUUCUGCUGCAAUUCAUCUGGUCUGGUGUUUGCCAUUGGGAAUAGUAAUAGUCAUUCUUUGUCCACGCCAUUCUUAUUAAAUAUAAUAAUAGUCUCUGGAAUCUGUGUAUAACGGUAAGAAAGAUGGGUAAUGGAGAUCUAGAAGGAAAGGUGGAUUUGCCUCCUGGUUUCAGGUUUUUCCCCACUGAUGAAGAGCUGGUUGUUCAUUAUCUGUCCAAUAAAGUUGUCUCUCGUCCCCUGCCUGCUGUUGUUAUAGGAGAGGUGGACCUCUAUAAGUAUGAUCCAUGGCAGCUUCCAGAGAAGGCUCUGUUUGGAGAAAAGGAAUGGUAUUUCUUUACUCCAAGAGAUAGGAAGUAUCCAAAUGGGUCCCGUCCAAACAGGGCAGCAGGAUCUGGGUACUGGAAGGCCACUGGUGCAGACAAGCCCAUUACUAGUUGUGGAGGUAAGAAGAGAGUUGGUGUUAAGAAGGCUCUGGUUUUCUACAAGGGAAAAGCACCCAAAGGGUGCAAGACAAAUUGGAUCAUGCAUGAGUAUAGAAUGACAGAGAUCAACUUGACUGUAAGGAAGAAGGGCACUUUAAGAUUGGAUGAUUGGGUUCUGUGCCGCAUAUACAAUAAGAAAAGCAGCGCUGAAAAGCUAGCAGAGAAGAAGAUGAUGGCAGAAACACCAGCUAAGGAAGAAAUGGAGGAUGAGAAAGGGGAGGGGAAUACAUUCCAUUUAAGCCCAUCUGUAACAGCAGUUGCUUCUUCUUCCACUGACUGUGCUCUUUCAUCACCUGCCAUGAAUUUCAGCUCAGAGUAUCAGAUUCCAUUUUAUGAGCCCACCUCAAUGACAGUCACAACCACCAGACCAUCACCUCCACCUCCAUUACAGCUCAAUUCCAACACCAUGCAGGCUAACAACUUAAACUAUGCUCCAACUCCAUUCAACAGGCCUCUUAAUGAUGUGCAAAGCAGCCUUAAACUGGGAACCUUCGUGCCAAAGCAGCCAUCCUCUCAUUCCUUGUUCAAUCUCAGUUUCAAUCUGGAAGGCCUUCAGAAUACCAAUUACGUCCAGUUUGAACAGCAGACAGAAGGCUCCUUAAAGAACCCAUAUCAGGAGUACAUUGACAGCCUCUAUAAUUUGCAGAGGUGUUACCAAGGUUCUGAUACGAUACUGCACUGAUAUUCAUUCCUUCGCAUGCAAUCAUCUCUGUACAGCCAUAUAUCAUUGUAAACUAUGCCUUACCCAUUCUUUCUUUUCAGGACAUUUUUUCAAUAUUAAAUACCAUUUGCAAGCUUAAAUGUACAAGACUUCUCCAUCUUUUUAUCCCUCUUACCUGUCCCAAAAAAAUGGCAGAAAUAAGUGGGAACACUUCAUUAACUACUCAUAUUUGAACU